AUGAGUGAUUUUCGUCUCAUGUGCUGCGGAGCUCACGCGCUCGACUCCCUCACAUGGCGGCGCCGGAACCGGAAGUACUUGAUUGUGUUUUUACUGCAGUACUUCAUCAGCCGAGUGCGAUUCCAGGAUUAUACCGGAGACAUUGUGGCAUUCGAUGAGAGAAGACGACUUUCCUCUCUGCCUCUUCUGCGGUUAAGAAACUGGGUAUUUCAUGUAAAUGAAAGUAUUGGUACUUUUAGUACUGAUAGUAAAAGUUACUUCUUGCCGGAUGACUUGAUACCAGAAGAUCAGUGGCUGCAUGUAAAUGACAGCGCAAUAACAUGGAAAGCCGGAAAGAUGCCACAAUCUCGCUGCAAUGAGAGAUGUCCCCCCGGGUCCAGGAAAGCUCCUAAUGGAGAAUAUCACUCCUGCUGUUAUGACUGUGUCCCCUGUUCUGAGGGAGAAAUGUCCAAUAUAACCGAUUCUGACAGCUGCAUUAAAUGCCAAAGUGAUGAAUGGCCUAAUGAGAAGAGAGACCAAUGCCGGCCCAAAGUAGUGGAAUUCAUCUCUUACCAGAAUGACACCAUUGCUUCUGUCUUCUCCUGUGUCUCGGUCUUCGGAUGUCUUGUGACCGGCUUCGUAUUUGGAAUAUUUAUUUCCUAUCGAGACACUCCUAUUGUUAAAGCCAAUAACCGGAACCUGAGUUACCUCCUCCUGAUCUCCAUCAUCCUCAGCUUCCUCUCUGUCUUCUUGUUUCUGGGUCGUCCCAAUGAUGUGACUUGUAGAGUACGUGAAACCAGUUUUGGAAUUUUCUUCUCAAUAGCCGUCUCUUCACUUCUCGCCAAGACUGUGAUGGUUUGUGUUGCUUUUAAGUCCACCAAGCCUGGAAGCCCUUGGAGAAAAUGGCUCAGUGUGAAACUACCAUAUACCAUAGUGUCAUUGUGUUCAUCCUUUCAAGCUGUAAUCUGUGUUAUCUGGUUGUCUAUUUCUCCUCCAUUCCAGGACCUGGACACUGACUCUUAUCCUGGGAAGAUCAUCAUUCAGUGUAAUGAAGGCUCAGAUAUCUGGUUCUACUCCAUGUUGGGUUAUCUGGGGCUCCUGGCAGCUGUGAGCCUUGUUCUGGCUUUCAUGGUGAGGACAUUACCGGACAGUUUUAAUGAGGCCAAGUACAUCACCUUCAGCAUGCUGGUGUUCUGCAGCGUCUGGAUCUCCAUGAUCCCGGCUUAUCUGAGCACCAGAGGAAAGAACAUGGUGACUGUGGAGAUAUUUGCAGUAAUGGCUUCCAGUGCUGGACUUUUAGGUUGUGUGUUUUUCCCAAAAUGUUUUAUCAUUUUGUUUAAAUCUGAAAUGAACAGAAAAGCUGACCUGCUGGGGACAAGAAAGAACUGA